AUGACUCAUCAUAUAGAAAGCAUCAAGUAUGAACAAAGCAUUAAGGAAUCAAUUGAUGAAAAUCAAAUCAAUGACACUCCAUUCUAUAAAAGUAGUGAUUUAAUAUCUAAACCAAUUAAAAGUGAAAGAUGUACGAUGGAUGAAAAUAUAUUAAAACUUCAGUAUCCUUUACUAAAAUCAAAUAGUCAUUCAUUCGGUUACGAUUGCUGUUCUAAAAUGUUCAACAUAUGUGCAGCAGAUAACCACACAAUUCUGUACGCUGCAGGUAGUUAUAUUAACAUGUUUGAUAUAAAUGAUGGGCAAUUGAGUUUUAGAAAAAGUGCUGGUAACGGAGGAAUAGGAUACAUAGUUAAAAAUCCCGUUUUGAGCCAUAUAGCGGUAGGAGAAAAUUGUAAUAAUCCUCUGAUAAUUGUGUACGAAUGGCCAACAUUUGAAAUAGUUAGUGUUCUCGAGGGCAGUGCUAAACAACAAAUAAAUUGCUUGUCAUAUAGUCAAAAUGGUGACUAUUUGUGUUCACAAGCAGGAGAACCAGAUAAUACUCUUACAAUCUGGGAUUGGAAAAAAUCAAAAAUAGUCUUGAGAACCAAGUCUCACACUCAGGAUGUAUAUACUUGUAGAUUUUCAAACUUUAUACCCAACCACUUAGUAACCGCCGGUUCAGGACAUAUAAAAUUCUGGAAAAUGGCCAAAACAUUUACCGGAUUAAAGCUUCUAGGUCAGCUCGGACGCUUUGUAAAAACGGAAAUAUCAAACGUCAUUGGAAUUUUCUCGAUGGCCAAUGAAAAAGUGAUAUCGGGCUGCGAAUGGGGCAAUAUUUUGGUGUGGGGAGAAAAAUUCAUCGAAAUCGAAGUGACAAGGAGAUUUCGACAACCGUGUCAUUCGGCGCCUAUCAUCAUGUUUUUACACUACAAAUACUCAAAACACGAUGAGGUGUUGACAAGCAUCAGCAAGGAUGGGACGAUCAAAUUUUGGAACUACUGUACCAUAGACAUGGCGGAUCCACCUGAAAAUGACCGCGUGCUGGAAAUACAACCAAUUUAUGAGAUUAAUGUCCAAGACUCUAUCAAUGCAUCGAAAAUUAUGGGUAUGUGCAAGACCGACGACAACCCUAAAUCUUAUGACUAUUUUAUUCAGGACGGCAAUGGGGGUAUGUGGCUCGUUGACAUCGAAAUGUCAAGAAAAGCGAAACCUGUAAGACGGUUGGCUAAAUUCCACGGCGGAGUGAUUACCUCUUUGCAAUCAUCGCCCAUCGGUUAUUUUAUUGUUACAACGUCGUUGGAUGGUUGGCUCCACAUAUACGACGUAACCAACAAAAAAUUGGUAUUUACCCACGAUUUCAAGAUACCAAUCACUUCGUCGAUUUGGUUACCGCAGAAGAUAGCUUGUUCGAGGGAUAUCUUCAUAGUUGGAUUUCAAACUGGAGUUGUAAAAAUAGUCACCGUCCCCUUUAAAAAAAAUAUCGAAAAAAAUAUAUUAAAUCCUUUUGAAAUAGAGGAAAUACAAUCUUCGAAGCCUCAUAAAAGUCCUAUUGGUUAUUUGUCAUUAAACAACAGCGCCAAAAUUCUUAUAUGUGGAGGUGAUGAUAAAACAAUAUUUGUUUAUAAAAUAAAAACUAGACCUAUAAAAUUGAGUCCAAUUGGAUUUUUUCCAUUACCCGGCAAAGUCACUUUUAUACAUUGGAAACCAUCAGAAAAAGAUAUUACAUUGAUUAGUUGCGCUAGUGGGCAUAUCGUGGAAGUGAAAGUUCCUACAAGUCGUCCGUCGUACACCAGAGAAUCAUUUUUACUGAAACUUGAAUCGCGUACAAUACAAACAGUGAGCAUUAAGUCAGAAAUAUGUCAACAGCAAUAUGAAUUGGAUUUGAAGAACAAGAAAAAUGAUAAAAUCAAUAGAAAAAAAGAGAAUAUAAAAAUUAUCAGAGAACAAAAUCCCGGUGUUGAAAUCGACGAAGAGUUAUAUUUUGAAGAUUCCGAAGAAGACGAAAAACCGCCGGAAAUCUUUAUUCCUCCGACACCGAACCCCGUAUUGUUCGCAAUGUACACUCCGUCGGGGACCGGUAUAUGGGUGUCGAUCGAUGGAUACGACGCCGGCUAUUUGUACGAAUACGAUAUUAACACAUCUAGCCCAGUAACUGAUGCACACAUAUUAAUACCGGAUACGAAUGACACUCCGCUAACAGCGAUUAAAAUCGUUGAAACCGAUUCAUUAACAAUUUUGAUGGGAUUUGCUGAUGGUAGAAUACGUCUUACAAAUAUUAAAGACAAUAAUUUAUCAGAUUUCGGAGACUAUAUUGAAUACUCUGUUCACGAUAAUAAAACAGGAAGAGUAAAUAUGUUGUGUUUAAGUCAAGACAACAAUAUGUUAUACACUUGUGGAGAUGAUUGUAACAUUUUUAGUUUUAUGUUUCAAUGUAAUUAUAAAAACAUCGAUGAGCCGCCUCAGCCACCUGUAUUGGUUGAAGAAGAAAUUAUAAAUACCAAAGAAGACAGAAAAAUACAAGAAGAAAACACUUAGAACAUUUAAAUUUUCUAUACCAUUACGAAAAAAGUG